AAGAAGCCGCGCUCGUGGUCUAAACGCGCUUGAAGUCUUCGCUUUGCUGAGUGGCUGCAAUGUCCUCUUCCAAGAGGAAAAGCAAGAAGCGGCCGCCUUCAGAAAAGGACUCCGGUCUUGCUGAACGGGACGCAGGCCAAGAGAAGCUCGCGUGGCAGAGUUUGUCAGCUACAGACUUUCUGGACAAGGAAGAUGACCAAGUCCCCCAAAUGUACAGAGGAUCUCUUGUGCAACUGGCACUCAACAACAUGAAACUGGCAGAUAUUUGCAUAGGGCGUCCUGUGCUGCUUACCAGUAAAAAUGGCAAGCAAGAGGUUUGCACGGCAUGGCCUGUUGCAGGCUUCCCUGGUAGAAAAAUUGGCUUAAGUGCAAUUACACAGAAGAACUUGGAAGUGAUACCUGGUGAUAUGGUCUUUGUCCAGCCUGUGACUGGUGCUGUACUUCAGGCAGAGGAAGUAGAAGUAAAGCUGGGGGUUAAAGAUGGCUGUAUUAGUACCGAAGACUUGUCAAUUAGCCUCUUAAGAAACUUAGAUGGAAAGAUAGUAUUACCAGGCAACUUCCUGCAAAUUACUUUCUAUGGCCGGUCUUGUGACCUAAAGGUUACAAAGGUGAAAGGAAUGGAUGGUGUGUUGCUGAAAAUGCAAGAUGUUUUAAAGACACCACAGGAAUAUUCACUGGAAAAUUCAGAUAGCAGUCAUUUCAAUUUAUCUGUUGAACUUGGAAAACUAGUAAUAACAGACAAUAAGGUAUCUACCAGUACCCCACACAAGCAGGAGGAUCAUAGUGUAUCUGUGAACGAUUCUUUAAAUAUUGUGAGGCAUGAAGAAUUGAGUCUUGAUCCAUCAGAGAUACUUGAUAGGGAUGAGGCUGUGAUCUCUAAUCUUCAUUCUGAAUCAACUAUAUCACAAGAUGUUGAGAAAGAUUUUGCAGGUGAAGGAUUACCUUUGGCUGAUAAAACAGGACUGUCACAGAACUGGGAAACAUUUUACUUCAUAUCUUCAAGGACUAGGGUCAGUUUCAUUCAACCACAAGCCAAAGUGGCUGAAGAACACAAGCUUGAACCAAAAAUUACUUACGAUUCAAUAGGUGGACUCAAUAACCAGCUAAAAACCAUAAGAGAAAUGAUUGAACUUCCCCUGAAGCAGCCAGACCUAUUUAGGAAAUAUGGAAUCCCACCUCCAAGAGGCAUGCUAUUAUAUGGUCCUCCAGGUACAGGAAAGACAUUGCUAGCCAGAGCCAUUGCAAAUGAGGUCGAAGCACACUUCUCUACUAUUAAUGGUCCAGAAAUAAUAAGCAAAUUUUAUGGAGAAAGCGAAGCCAGGCUGCGACAGAUAUUUUCUGAAGCCUCUUUACGGCGACCAUCCAUUAUAUUUAUUGAUGAAAUUGAUGCACUCUGUCCAAAGAGAGAAGAAGCCCAGAAUGAAGUUGAAAAAAGAAUUGUAGCAUCAUUGUUAACACUAAUGGAUGGCAUUGGAUCAGAAGGUAAUGAAGGGCAACUCUUAGUUCUUGGAGCCACCAACCGCCCUCAUGCAGUAGAUUCAGCCCUGCGCAGACCAGGACGUUUUGAUAAAGAGAUAGAAAUUGGAGUUCCCAAUUCUCAAGAUCGACUAGACAUCUUAAGGAAGCUUCUCAGUAAGACUCCUCACUCAUUGACAGCAACAGAUUUGACUCAACUGGCAGACAGUGCCCAUGGGUAUGUAGGAGCAGACCUAGCGGCACUGUGCAAGGAAGCAGGAAUGCAUGCUUUACGGAGAAUACUUCGUAAGAAAGAUAAUCUCCUAGAUGAUGAUGUGUCUGAAUCUGUAAUUAUUAAUCACAGUGAUUUCCAGAAGGCAAUGAAUGAUGUCAGGCCCAGUGCCAUGAGGGAGGUGACAAUUGAUGUACCCAAGAUAUCCUGGUCAGAUAUAGGAGGGCUGGAAGAUGUCAAACUGAAAUUAAAGCAAGCUGUUGAAUGGCCACUGAAACAUCCUGAAUCUUUCAUUCGAAUGGGCAUUCAGCCACCAAAAGGAGUACUCCUAUAUGGACCUCCAGGAUGCUCUAAAACUAUGAUUGCUAAGGCUUUGGCUCACGAAAGUGGUCUAAACUUCUUGGCAGUGAAGGGACCUGAAUUGAUGAACAAAUAUGUUGGGGAAUCUGAACGUGCAGUCAGAGAGAUAUUUAGGAAAGCCAGAGCUGUUUCACCAUCCAUAUUGUUCUUUGAUGAAAUAGAUGCCUUGGCUGUAGAACGGGGGAGCUCUUCAAGUUCUGUGAAUGUUACUAAUCGUGUCUUAGCACAAUUGUUGACUGAAAUGGAUGGGAUAGAACAGUUAAAGGAUGUGACAGUUUUGGCAGCUACAAACCGGCCAGAUAUGAUAGACAAGGCUUUGAUACGACCUGGGCGAUUUGACAGAAUUAUAUAUGUUCCUUUGCCUGAUGAAGCAACUCGCAGAGAAGUCUUUAAAAUUCAGUUUUGCAAUAUGCCAGUAUCAUCUGAGGUCAAUUUGGAUGAGCUUGUCAUACAAACAGAAAAGUAUUCAGGAGCAGAGAUAACUGCAGUUUGUAGAGAAGCUGCCCUUCUUGCACUUCAAGAAGAUAUUGAGGCCAAAUGCAUUAUGAAGGAGCAUUUUCAACAAGCUAUGGUUAUUGUGACCCCUAGAAUUCCAGAUUCUCUACAAAAAUGUUAUGAAGCGUAUCAGCAGCAGAGUGGAUUGCAUUCACUUUGAGAAAGUGAUUAAAAGGUGUUCUUUCAAUUCAAAUAUGUAAAAUGAACUUUAUGAAUAGUUUUGUUGAAAGAAAAAAUCAGGUUUUUGAGUAAAAACUAAAGAAGCUUUUGGAAUAAAAAAUAAAGUGUUUUGAAUAAAAAUAAAGUUGAGAAAUGUGUGAAAGCAUGACUGAAACAUCUAAAGCACACCCUGAUAGUGCUUUAAUCAUGGCAAAAGGGGGGGCAGCUGAAAAUCCCAGGCUUGCCCCUCUGAUGACAUUGUAGUACUACGACUUUGCCAUAGCAGCACUAAGCAGGCAAAAUAGAACAAAACAAAUUUGGAACUUGUUCACAAAACAGCUGCCCAUAUCCUGUUCUAAACUAUACAAAACAUAUUUGCCAUUAAUUCAUUUCCCCCAUCAUCACUGCAACCAACUGAAGUUUUCAUAUAAUCUACGUUUCCUUACUUUUUUCAGAGCUUUCAUAUGUAGAUUGCAAGUUGUUUUUUAGCUCUCCAUCAUGACUCUCAAAUCUCUUUCCUCAAGUUAUAUCACUUUAAAAGUAUACUGGAUCACAUUCAAAAUGUUUCUCUUCCCUAAUUCAUAAAGAUUGUUUUGGAGCUCUGUACAAUUCUUUUUCAUUUUUCCCAGUAUAAAAAAUUGGUAUCACCAAUGAAUUCAUGGAUCAUACCUAAUUUCAGAUAAUGUUUAAACAAGUUCAAAGAACUGGUUUUAAAUGGUUUUCUAAACCAUCUGUAUUAUGUUCUUUUCAUUUUUUCUGCCUUUCUAGUCUUUAAUCAGUUAUUGAUCUGUAAGAUGGCUCAUCACAUUGAUUAAAAGAACUUUUUGGAAAACAUUUUGAUACCAAGUGUCUACCAUACUGGAGAUAGGGGGGAAAAUCUUUAAGUCUGUGCAACAAAAUAGACACAGUCUGUUAGCUUCUUCAAGACUAUUCAACUUUAUUAUGGAAAGGUGCUGCUUACAAAAGCUUAUGCCCAAGUAAAGUUGGUUGUUUUUGAAUGUGCUACCUGCCUCAUGUCUACCAAGUGUCUACUAUAUGAACCAGAUCUCCAUUAUUAUUGCUUUGUCAAAUAAUUCUAAAAAAUUAAUUUACUUUUGCAGAAGCCAUGCUAAUCCUUCUCCAGAAAGGCUUGUUCUUCCAGAUUCUUGAUAAUUUUUUUAAAAUAAUGCUUGCUACUGUUUCCAGAACAAUUAUACUACUUAGCCUGUAAUUUCCAGAUUCCCUUUCCAGAUUCCCUUUUAAAAAUUAUUAUCUUAACUAUCUCAAUUGUUGGAUGGUAUUUUAUUGCUGAUUCUAAUCUAUAUUUUUAACUUGUUAAAAUUUUGUUUCAAAUUUUAUUUGCUUUGAAUGCUCAUCAGAACAAAAAGAUGGGGUAUAAAUAAGUUGAUUAAUAUUUAUUGUUUCUAUGGAGGAAAGUACUGCCUCUGUUUCUUUUGUGCUCAUUAUUUUUAUAGUAUGACAAUUUAUACUGAGACAGUGUCCAGCACUUUAAAAGCAUUUUGCAGCACAUGGUUCUAACCAAAAUAAAGUUCCUAUCUGAUGAAAUAAUAAGUUCUUAUAAUUUGAACAAAAAAUGUGGGUAGUGAUUACGUUCUUGUUUCCUGGUGAUCAAGACAAAUUAUUGGAAUGAUCAUGAAUUUUUCUCAUCUCUUGCCAAGCUGAUUAUGCAAACUGGCCAGUGGCAAGUUUUUAGCUGGAUGGGUGUGAAGUCUUAAUCAAAUUUCAGGAGCCA